CAUGAUCGAUCUGAGACCAGUACCGUUAUUGUUCGUAGUUCGGAACGUCCAAUCGCUUUCGACCCCGUUCCGCAUGAUCCCGAAGUUCCCGGCUCCGGGAUUCGUCGUGAAUUCCACGUGGCCGUUGAGGAGUCUACCAGUCCACACGAUAUGCAUCGAUCAUUUGCACCUGUACGAACCGGCAUGGAUUCACCGGCCGUAUUGCGUUGGCUUGAGUCAACCCAAGUUGCCGUGACUAUUCCGGGCUCGGAUAGCGAAUCUGCUGGUGGUGGAAGCUCAAACACAAACACCAUCCCGGACAGUGCGAGCGUGUCGACCGUAUCCAAUCAGUCCAGUCGAACACUUCAUGACCACGGUCCCGGAGUGUUGAGCAAAACUGAGGACAAAAUGGGCAAUGAAAAACUACAACCGGGUACAGUUCUUGUCCGGUUAAUGAACACCAAUCCCGGAGAGAAUUUGGGCAUUCAAAUUAAACCGGUAUUUACGGACCGGGCCGAACUGAUUGCUCAAGGUUUUCACGUACCUGACGGAGCCAGGGUAGUUCAUAUCACACUGAGUAACGGAACGAACGCUCGCUUGUUGUUAGCUGAAGAUAUGCUCAUGUACACGUGA